AUAAAAACUGAAAUGUCUAAGUGAUAAAACAUCAUUUCUUGUUUAACAAAACACAGAACAACACCAUGGCUUUUAAAGUACUCGUCUUUGCUGCUCUUGUCGCUUACGUCAAUGCAGGAAUAUUUGGCGAGGCUCCAGUUGCGGCCCCAGUAGUCUCUGCAUACUCUGCUGCUCCCGUGGUUGCUGCCCCAGCUGCAGUUUCAAGGUCUUAUAUCCAAACUUACAGUAGCCACUCUGCACCACUCGCCGUUGCUGCUCCAGUUGUCGCCAAAUCAGUGGCCCCAGUAGUGUCUGCCUAUUCUGCACCUCUUGCGCUACCAGCAGCGGCUCCAGUCAUCUCUUCCUACUCCUCACCGGUUGUAGCUAAAUCAGUAGGGCCAGUAGCAUACUCAGCCCAUGCUCCAGUUGUAUCAGCUUACUCAUCUCCCUUGGUAGCUCAAAGCGUAUCUCCUCUAGCUUACUCUGCCCCUGUGCCAGUACUCUCAGCAUAUUCUGCUCCAGUUGUUGCCAAAAGUUUAGCACCUCUAAGUUAUGCUGCUCCAGCUCCAGUUGUAUCCGCAUACUCAGCACCAGUAGUUGCCAGGAGUUUUUCACCAGCUCCUCUUGCGUAUGCUACUCAUGGUUCACCAUUGGUAUCUGCUUAUUCCUCUGGACCACUUGUUCAACCAUGGUAGAGUGCAAAUGUAUAUUACAUUGACUGAUGUUUACGUAUUUAUUAUAUUUAAAUAAAAAUAUCACUUGCA